GGAAAGUUUUCAACAGACGGGACAGCGUUGCCUAGCAGCUAGGCAGAGAGAGGACUCUUUGCUAUACUUUGCCUUUUUACUGUUACCCCGUCAUCUACACAUCGAGGAAACCGAGGAUAUCCAUCUGUCUGCUUCUCUCUCAGUCUCUACCAAACAUGAGCCAGACCGUGACACUAAAGGGACCCUCUCCUUGGGGCUUUCGACUGGUGGGAGGACGAGAUUUCAGCACACCGUUAACCAUCUCCAGGGUAACACCAGGCAGCAAGGCGGCCCAAGGUGACCUGUGUCCAGGCGACACCAUCUUGGCUAUCAAUGGCGACAGCACGGAGAUCAUGACACACAUGGAGGCUCAGAACAGGAUCAAAACCUGCAUUCAGCAGCUCACACUCAACAUCAGCAGGUCGGGCUCAGGAGACAGAGUGUGGUCGCCAACAGUUAGUGAAGAUGGCAAGACGAGCCCUUACAUGGAGCCUGACUCACAGAAUUUCCGUCCCAUCACCAGCGGAUAUGGCAGUUCCAGUCGCAAACCUUCGUACACCCCUGAACCCCAGUACCCGCAGUCUCCCCAGUACCAGCAGUCUCCCAUGUACCAGCAGUCUCCCCAGUACCAGCAGGUUCCCCAGUCCCCCAAGGUUCCCCAGUCCCCCAAGGUUCCCCAGUCCCCCCAGGGUCUCCAGUCUCCGCAGGCUCCCCAGCCCACUCACCUGAACAACGGACACUCCAGACCCAACAACGGCCACAGCUACGGAUACGGGAACGGAACCGGGCACGCUCAGUACAACAACCCAGCAGGACUUUAUCACAACGGCAGCAAUGGAGACAGAUCUCUGCCAACCAAGAUGGGGGGCCUCAGCCUCAGCGCCACACACAGCCCAGAGCCUCCCACACAGUCCCCUGGGGGUCGUAACGGUUUUGACCCACACUCAGACGUCUACAAGAUGCUGCAGGACAACGAGGAGCCCGUCUCAGCUCCCAAACAGUCCGGCUCCUUCAAAUACCUCCAAGGAAUCCUGGAGGCUGAGGAUGGAGGUGUUUCCCCAACAGACAGAAUGAGAAACUUAAAGUCUCCAGUCAGGUCUCCAAUCCCCAAACUGGGAAGCCCCAUCCCCAGCCCCAUGUCUGGUCUCCAGAAGCUGCCCCAGUGCACACGCUGCUGUAAUGGCAUUGUUGGCGUCAUCGUGAAGGCCAGGGACAAGCUCUACCACCCCGAGUGCUUCAUGUGCGACGACUGCGGCGUCAACCUCAAGCAGAGAGGCUACUUCUUCAUCGAGGACAACCUGUACUGUGAGACCCACGCCAAGGCGCGCGUCCAGCCCCCAGAGGGCUACGACAUCGUUGCCGUUUACCCCAACUCCAAGGUGGAGCUGGUCUGAGGUGGCGAUACUGUAUAAUAUAACUAGGGGGAACUAAAAUCUGGGAGAACGGGGCUAACUAGAGUAUCCUAGCCUACAUUUAUCAGGCUCUGUCACGCAGGAAUGCCGAUCUUGGAUCAGUUGUGCCUUUGGGAGAGUCCUAUGAAAUGUGUGUAUCCAAGAUCGGCAUCUCUAUACACCGACAGUCUUGAUAAAUGUAUAUUGAGCAUAUUGAAAUACUUUGACAGAAUAAGGCUUGGCUCUGAUGAGUAUCCCAGACCCAUUAAUAACAUGACAAUGUAUGUCCCCACCUGACGGCCCUCAUCUCUCAAUCAGUGUGGUUUACAUCCAAGAAAAACAUUUAACCACGGUGUUCAUAUCCACAUCACCAGCACAGCAUAUAUUACCAGAAUAUUCAAUGCAAUAACCAAGAAACAAGAAAUGCAGCAGAUGACAAAAGUCUGCAGAUGUUUAUGCAGUUUUAAAUCAGUACACCAGUAUACUUUUCUAACAGUCAGUGCAUUAGUUGUAUGUGUGUGUGUGCAACCCGUUCUCACUCCCAACUCGCCAAACGCCGCUGAAUAGGCAGCGCCCCUCGGCAUCGGGAACCAACGCAUGGAGGCGUCCUUUAGUUGGGAGUGAGAAUGUGUUGUUGUGUGUGUGAUAUGGAUUAUUACAAGAGAUAUUUGAGUUGAUUGGUGGUUUUUCUGCCUUCUGACGGAUUUUGCAUUUCGGUAUUAUAACAGCAGUUUCACAACGCAUUUAAGGUAUACCGAUAUUUAGUUUAAGCUUCGGUUAAGGGGUUUUAAAGGUUUCAGUGUCUUUUUAACUAUGUUACAGUUACACAUUAUGCUCCUGUCGCAGGAUACACUUUUGCAUUUUGUAUUUAUUUACAUCUAUGCAGUUUAUUUUUCAGACUUUCUAUGAUACAAAACUGGGGAACAUGUCUGUUUUUCUGCAGUUGUGUGAAACAAUAAGCAAUAAUUCAUUAUAAGCAGAUCUCUAACACGUAUAAUUGCGAGUGUCUGGAAUGUGCGAGUGUUUCAGUACGCUUUGGGGAAUGAGUUUACCGAACUAUAACCUGUAGUAAAUGCCUCUGUGUGCGGCUAUCCAAGCACCACCCCGCCCCCUCUGACAUUUAAAUAAAACUCUGCAGGAGACAUCCGCAGAGUUUCUCCCAGAUGUGAUCACAACAACCGCAAUUUAUAAACAACAAAAUGAAAGAAAAUUAGACUUUAAUGAUGCAGUGCGUGCAUGUACUGAUGACAUUUUGAUACACACUCACAGGAGAUUGUAACUGAAGUGCUCUCAAGCACCUGACCGAGAGAGGAAUUUCAGCUCUCGCUCAUGUUCGCACAGUUCAUAAAAACAAGAGCACCGAGUUCACCGGGUCUGUUUAUUAAAAACACUCCAUUUUGACACCAAUAUGCUCUCCGCCUCUCAUGACAACUUAAAAAAUUUGAGACGGUCGUAGAAAAACUGUCCACAGCUCACAACAUGUGGGAGUAAUAUUCACCUUGUUAAGUUUUUUUGGACCCACAACACAGAUACAUUACAGUUUCUCUUUGGAAGAGAGAAAAAGACAGAAGUUGGAAGCAUACGUAUCUGUAUUCCCUUCCUUCUAUCAACUCGAAUUUCUGCUCACAGCCAAGCAAAUGAAAUAGAUUUGUACAUUUCCUCUGAGAGAGAGGGAACAGAAAGGGAGGGCGAUGAGAAAGAGACAUUUUCUUUUCUUUCUGCAAGAGGAAAGAAGCGCGUCAUUAUGAGUCCAGUAUGUGGCCAUCAGUCUUGUGAAUAGUGAAGUAGGUGGAGAUUAUUCUUAAUUUUAGUUUCUAACAAAACUACUUUUUUUUAUUUGAAAUGAGAAAAUGAAUUUUGCAGUGCUUAAUUUCCAUCGUUUUCCUCUAGAUAUCAACAGUGAUGUGUAGCUGCUGGUAUGCCAUCUGUACUAGCUGUCUUGUAAAUUAUGUGAAAAUUCUAUUGCUACCACAUUGUUUCUUUGGUAUUGUACAUAUUUGUUUUAUCCUGAUUGCUUUAACUAAUAGUGCGUAACAUGUCACUCACGUGCCUUCGCAUACCCGGUGUCUUUAAAUGAUUUCUUUUUUGACACAAAUCCUCUUCUUGUGUUUAACUUAUUGUUCUACCAACACGUGUUUUUUUUUGUUCUGGAGCUUCUUAUUUGCUUGUUUUUUCUAAGAUCUAAAUAAAAUGAGAAGUGCAUUACCAUGUUA